GCGUGUCGACAUGAGUGACGCUUCAGAGGACGACAAUGAGAUCUCCUUUCGGGUGAAGUUCCUUGGGCGAGUUGAGGUAGUUCGUCCUGAUGGACUACAGAUCCUGGAGGAAGCGGCUCAGAGCAUCAAGACACCAGAAAAAUACUCAACAGAAAAGGCAGCCAAGAAGAGCAAAGUCCAUCUCUUCCUGUCCCAGAGUGGAAUAGACAUUUUGGAAAACAAAACCAAGUUUUUGUUGUACACUUGCCCUCUCUCCACUGUUUCCUUCUGUGCCAUGCUGCCAUCCUCACCCAAGGUUUUUGGCUUUGUGGCCAGACACCCUGCAGCGGACAUGUGCCACUGUUAUCUGUUCCAGAGCAAGAUGUUUUCUCACGUGCUGGUCUCCGUUAUUGGGGAUGCCUUCCGAGCAUCAACAAAGGAGGAGAGCAUCCACGGAAGACGAGACCUGAUAGUGGAAGCACUCAGACAUAAGAAUAAAAUGCUGCAGAGAGAGAAUGCUGAGCUGAACAGGAGGCUUGCUGGACAAAGCGACUAACCAUAAGAAUUUCUGUUGUUGUAUUUGCACACUCCGAAGAUACUUAAAUGUGGUACUUUCCCUCAGAAAAACCCUAAGCAAAUAGUGGGGCACAA